CGAUUCGGAGGCUCUGGAGGAGAUCAGCCGGGCUUGCGAGACCUUGGCCGAGCAAGCCGGGAGAGCCAGCCCCCCUUCCCCGGACCCCCCCCCAAAAUCGGGGCUCACCGUCACCAUCGGGGGUCCCUCCAACCGCCGGCAGCACCGCCGGCCCCCCUCGCGUCACCGCGAGCUGCGGCGGGGCCGGCGGCAACACCCGCGGAAAGAACAACACCAACACCAACAACAACCGCAACAACAACAACAGCCGCAGCGGCGGGAGCGUCCCGUGCUGGCCACGCUGGACCUGCAGAGCUCCGGGCACCCCGAGCUCGAAACCAAAGCCGGGGUUGUCACCCCUCCCCAGAAUCCGACUGUAGCGGUGUCGUCAUCAUCAUCGUCGUCGGUGAGCUCGGCCGAUCUGCUGAAGCUGCGCUCGCUGGGCGAGGGUCCCCCCAAGGAGCUGAAGAUCCGGCUGAUCAAAGUGGAGAGCGGCGGGGCCGGGGGCUUUGUGGCCCCGGAGGUCGGGGAGCCCCGGGGGUUGCCGCUGGCUCAGCUGACGAUCCGGCACAGCGCCGCCGAGGUGGUGCGGGCCAGCAAGCAGGCGCGGCUGAAGGGGCCGUUCCGCGAGUCCUACCUGUGCCCGGCGCAGUCGGUGAAGCCGCGAAUCGACGCCCGCGAGCAGCUCCCGAGGGACAAACUCAACCCCCCCACGCCCAGCAUCUACCUGGAGAGCAAACGCGACGCCUUCUCGCCGGUGCUGCUGCAGUUCUGCACCGACCCCAAGAACCCCAUCACCGUCAUCCGGGGCCUGGCGGGGUCCCUGCGCCUCAACCUGGGGCUGUUCAGCACCAAGACCCUGGUGGAGGCCAGCGGGGAACACGCCGUGGAGGUUCGCACGCAGGUGCAGCAACCCUCGGACCAGAACUGGGACCUGUCGGGGACGCGCCAGGUGUGGCCCUGCGAGAGCAGCCGCUCCCACACAACCAUCGCCAAGUACGCCCAGUACCAGGCAUCGUCCUUCCAGGAGUCCCUGCAGGAGGACAAGGACAGCGAGGAUGAGGAGGCCGAAGAGCCGGACAGCACCACCGAGACCCCGCCCAGCCCCCCCGACCAGAAAUCCCAUCAGAUCAUCAAAUUCGGGACCAACAUCGACCUGUCGGACGCCAAGAGGUGGAAGCCGCAGCUGCAGGAGCUGCUGAAGCUGCCGGCGUUCAUGAGGGUCUCGUCCACGGGGAACAUGCUGAGCCACGUGGGGCACACCAUCCUGGGCAUGAACACCGUGCAGCUCUACAUGAAGGUGCCAGGCAGCCGCACACCUGGUCACCAGGAGAACAACAACUUCUGCUCGGUGAACAUCAACAUCGGCCCCGGCGACUGCGAGUGGUUCGCGGUGCACGAGCACUACUGGGAGACCAUCUCCGCCUUCUGCGACAGGCACGGCGUGGACUACCUGACGGGCUCGUGGUGGCCCAUCCUGGAGGACCUGUACCGCUCCAACAUCCCGGUGUACCGGUUCGUGCAGCGCCCCGGCGACCUGGUGUGGAUCAACGCCGGCACCGUGCACUGGGUACAGGCGACGGGCUGGUGCAACAACAUCGCCUGGAACGUGGGGCCGCUCACAGCCUAUCAGUACCAGCUGGCUCUGGAGCGUUAUGAGUGGAACGAGGUGAAGAACGUCAAGUCCAUCGUGCCCAUGAUCCACGUCUCCUGGAACGUGGCCAGGACCGUCAAGAUCAGCGACCCCGACCUGUACAAGAUGAUCAAGUACUGCCUGUUGCAGUCCAUCAAGCACUGCCAGGUACAACGCGAGAGUUUGCUGCGCGCGGGGAAGAAAAUCGCCUACCAGGGCCGGGUGAAGGACGAGCCGGCGUAUUACUGUAACGAGUGUGACGUGGAGGUGUUCAACAUCCUGUUUGUGACGAGUGACACAGGCGGCCGCAACACCUACCUGGUGCACUGCGAGGGGUGUGCGCGGCGCCGCGGGGGCGGCCUGGCCGGGGUUGUUGUCCUGGAGCAGUACAAGACCGAGGAGCUGAUGCAGAUCUACGAUGGUUUCACCUUGGUGACGCCACCGACCCCCAGAUGAGCCCCUCCCCCUCCCCCUCCCCCCUCAGGGGACAGCGCGGUGGGGGAGGGGACGGGG